AAAGGAGCAACACAAGAAAUCAAGGCUGCUGUCGAUAAUUGGCUUUAUCCUGGUGAUAGAAUUUAUAAACAAACUAUUCGAAAUGAGCUUGUAGCACUUUGUCCAGAUAAAAUGGAACGAUAUAAGAAAGAUACUAAAUGGGAAGCUUUAUUUGAUAAAAUCAAAAAUUGUUCUGAAGCUGAAAUAGUUAGCUGGAAGUCAAGCAGUGAAGUACAGUGGUGUCUUCAAAACCUGGACACAGUAAUUGAAGAAGAAGACAAAACAUAUCUUUAG